CUAUCACUCUCUCCCUCGGCGAUCGGUCCGCCAAUCGUGCGACGCGCGAGCCUCGGACGAGAAGAGGAGCACAUUUCGCGCGUUUCCCGACGCGUUGGCUAGCCGGUGUCGAAGAAACUCUGUGUUGUGACGAACUAACCCCGCGCAUCGAAGUCCCGAGUGAGCCAUGAGCAGGUGACGUUAACGAUGUCCACGUAACUGAUAACGACGACGACGACGACGACGACGACGAUCGUGGUGCUCGUUGACGGCACGAGAAGCGUCAACGGUGACGGAGAAUUGUGCGCGCAGUGACUCGCGAGAUACUGCGACCGCAGCUGCGUGUGGAUGCGUGCGUGCGUGCGUGCGUGCCGUUCAGCAGCAGCAGGAGCAGCAGCAGCAGCAGCAGCAGCGUCGUCGUCGGGACGUCACAACACGCAUACUCUCAUAUUGCUCGCACCACGUCGCGUUGCUGGACGACCGGCUCGUCGUCGUCGCUCGCGCGAUCACCCUUCUUGGUACCUAAGCCAGGCGUUCAACGUGGCCGAUCCUUGGACAUGGUGAGGGGGCAUGUUGGUGUGUCGGCGGUUGCUGCUGAUCGCAGCCGCGAUCGCGGCCUCGAUCGAGGCUGGCUCGGCUAGUUACUCCGGCAUCUCGUCAGACUACUCCGGAUACCCGAGCUACGCGGUUUACUCCGGCGCGACGUCAUCCGAGUCCUCGUCCUCGUCCUCGUCGAGCUCGACGACCGGCCCGACAUCGGACACCGCUAACGGCGAGUCGCUCUGCCGACCGUCCGAGUUCCAAUGCGGCAUCGGACAUUGCGUCGCGCAGGACAAGUACUGCGACGGCGAGAAUGACUGCGACGACAAGGCCGACGAGCCGAGAUAUUGCACCCCCUGCAAUCGAACGUUGUACGGUGACGUCGGCCGGACUUACAGAGUGGAGAUACGCCGGCCAAGGGAGGAUCGACUGCCAUUCUUGUGUCACCUCAACUUCACUGCCGCCGGCUCCGAUCUCGGGGAUCUGGUCCAGUUAACUUUUGAUACCUUCACGGUCGGCCGCUUUCUAUCCUUCACGUCGGAAGGAUGUCCAGAUGGUUUCAUGACUAUUCGCGAGGAAGGUCGUCCUGCGACAGGAGGACAAUGGUGCGGCAGCGCGUGGGGCUACACCGUUUAUUACAGCGAAACUCCUUCCAUCAAUCUGACUUUAUAUUUACUGCGUUUAUCGGACCAGGGUAUCGGCUACAACUUCGAUUUCAAGCUGUCGUACAAGUUCCUGCGAAGAAGCGAGGCGCAUCUCAGGUACGGGAACAGCAGCAUGUCCACAUGGCGCGGCGAGCUGGUGAACGGCACGUAUUGCGAUCGCGUCCUCACCAAAUGCGACACUAGGGCUUGCCGGCUGCAGUCGCCGAAUUAUCCCGGAGUUUACCCCAGGAAUGUCACUUGCUACUAUCGGGUGGAGCAAAACCGCGCGCCGGUGGGUCACCGAGCUCUGCUUGCCGUUAGUCAACGGAACAGUCACAAGAUACACAUUAAGGACCAGGUCGUGAAGUACGACAGAAGUCAACGGGUGCUGAGGGUGUGGGAUCAGUGCAACGUCGUGCAAGAUUACUUGACGGUGUAUGACGGCAGCUCAACCUCAGACCGAGUGCUCGUAAGGCUGUGCGGAGGAGAUGCGGUGCCAGACAUCGUCAGCAGUCACAAUACGAUGUUGUUAGAGUUUCAUACAUCCCCGUACGACAAUCCGUUUCACCCGGUGCCAUUGUCUUUCCUGCCGGGAUUCGAGCUCGAAGUUCAGGUGAUCUUCGUCGACGAGAAAUCACGGAGCUUCGUGAAGGAGAACGACAAUUGCGACUUUUAUAUAUCCGGCGACGAGAACUCGUCGGGCAUCCUGGAAAACCCGAAGCACUCUUUGCCGCCGAACACGACCUGCCGCUACCACUUCCAGGGCAAGCUCAACGAAAUCGUCUGGCUGUCAUUCGUCAAGUAUUACGCCGCCAGCGUGGACGCUGCCGCCAACAUCGACACUGCCGCCGAUUGCAACGCGAAGCUCUUGAUAUGGGACGGCGACAUCACGAUGGACAAGCUCGUCGCUGUUCGAAAGAACGUCACGCUGAUGGGACAGUUCUGCAAGGACGACGUACCACGGCUCUGCGAUCACAGUCUACUGCGCAACAGCAGCCGGCACACGCGGCCGUGCAGCCUCGCGGAGAGCUACGUGUCGAGCGGCAGGGACCUCACCCUGGAGCACAUACUGCGCCAGGGUAGCGCGCUCUAUCCCAUCAGCUUCGUGCUCCGCUACGAGUUCGUGCACGAGGCGAUCUCGUGCAACCACGUGUUCGCCUCGUCGUCCUCGUCGAUCUCGCCCGCGUCUUCCGCCUCGUCCCUGUCGUCCUUGUCGUCGUCGUCAUCGUCGUCCUCGUCGUCGUCGUCGUCGUCGUCGUCGUCGUCGUCGUCCUCGUCCUCGUCCUCCUCCUCAUCCUCCUCGUCCUCCUCCUCAUCCUCAUCCUCGUUGUCGCUCAACGCUGGCAAAUUCGCGUCGCCCAAAAGCGUGUUCUUCUACGGCCGCGGUGGCGCGCAGAAUCUCAGCUGCGUGUACAGAUUCGAGGCCGAUCCCGACCACAGGAUAGAGCUGUCCUUCGCCAGGGCGUCCUUCGGCGGCAAGAGAUGCGCGUCCUACGUGGACCCACUGGUGAACCGUUGGACCUGCGACCGGCGCAUGGCGGAUGUUAGGAAGUUCGGCCUGGCGGACCUCGUCGUCGCGGAGUAUCCUUGGCAAGGAGUCGAGCUCGCUCGCGACUGCCUGUGCUCGAACGUGACCGACAAGAUCGUCGUGCGGACGCUGACGUCGAACGUGGUGGAAGUGAGAUUCACCGUCACGCUCAUGAACGUCACCCAAGACUACCGGGACUUCUUCUUCGACGGAGAGUACCGCUUCGUGCCCGUGGGCGCGGAGUCCAACGAGCACGGUUGCUCCACGAGGCUGGAGGAGCGACGGCUCCGUGGCACCAGCGGCGAGAUCUCCCUCAGGAGCCCGUUGCCACGCGUGAUCCCCGGUGUGGCUGCGGUCGAGGAGAUCCUCACGAACACGGAGGACCUCACGGCUACGCAGUGCGUGAACGAGCCGUGGCUGAUCGAGCCCGAGGACGCGCGCAUCAAUUUCCUGUACUUGAGGACCGCCGGCUACAGCAUCACCUUGGACAACGUCGAGGACUGCACGACCUUGAACCGAAUCGUCGUGUACUCGGCCGCGAACACGAAGGACCGCAACGUCAUCUGCCCGGAGGGCGGCGUCGAUACCGCCAAGACCGUCGACUUCUUCUCCGGCGGCUGGAAUUACAGCGCCGUGAACGUGAGCGUGGCGAUGGCGCAGCACUCCCGCAGCUUCGUCGUGGAGUUCCUGCAGCGGGAGCCCGGCUUCUACGCGGUCACGUGGAUCGCGAUCUCCAAGCGGUCUCCGGCCGCGUCCAACUUGGGCGCCAACGCGUUCACCAUAUUGCCCGCGGAGGACUGCCCAUACAGGUGUCCGGAGAUCCAAGCGUGCAUCAGCUCAGUCCUGUGGUGCGACGGCGUGCGUCACUGUCCGUCGGGCUUCGACGAGGAAGAGGCCAACUGCUCGUACCGUUUCGGCGUGACGUUGCUGUACGUCGCGGUGGGCGCUGGUGCUCUUGGUAUAUUCCUGAUCCUCUUGCUGGCCACCGGUUGUCUCAAGUACUGCCUCUACCGACACAAGGCGCGCAAAAAGAAGAAGAACGUCGCCCUGAACGUCAAUCAUCUCCACGUGAAUCACACCCAUCACAACAACGGCUUGACCGGUAGCCGGCUGAGCGGACGCUACAACCUAACCACGCCCCAGGAGAUGUACAUGGAGAAUUACGGGAAGGACAGUAUUUGUUGACAAUACGCCAUUGCCAAUAUCGAGACCACCGUGUGAAUAGUCAUGAUUUUUAAUGCCUACCUCGCUCUGGCCCUCCCUCACACACCGACCCCCAACCCCCACCACUAACCCCCUCGUCUAACCAUCCCCCAUCCCCCCAUCCAUCUAUCGGAUGAUGACCGGUGAACGGACCGGAGUGUACGGCAGCCAGACACUCCCAUCCUGAAAAAAGGCACACACAUUUGACAUACAAGGUUCAAAGGUGACGACCAUCGUCAGACACAACGUACACACUCAUAUACACUUACGCGCACACAAUACACACAUUAUACAUACAUACUCUCGCAGUAAUCGUACGAAAUCCCGUAGAAUAUAGACCCGAAGCACAUAGAAGCGAGCGCACGCGAGAAAGACGCGCGUCAGCUCGGUGGACCUCGUGCGGAAGAAGAGCGGGGUUGGCGCAGGUACUCGUGGCGGUAGCGAAGAGCGAGACUACCGCGUAUCCCCGUCGCGUAAAGAAGGAAGAGCGUCGAGCUUCCCUCCGCGAUGGAAUCGUAGCGAUCGACCUUGCGUUCGCUAUCGACUUGCGUACGAACGAUGAGAGCUUCUUUUCGACUCUUUUCGGCCAGUAUCAAGCAGCCACCAAAGCACGUCGGACGGAUCGCGGCGUGGAACGCCCGCGAUCCUUGCGCCGAGCGUCGAGGAGAGGAGGCGACGACGGUGGCUGCGAAGGAGGAGGAGCGCAAGAGGAGGAGAAGGUCGUGCGAAUGCACCCCGUACGCUCGUGGUAUAUGUACAUUUACGAUAAACACCGCAGUAUCAUGGUAGGUUUAGAUACACACGAUUUAGGAGUAAAAAGAUACGCGCGAGUGGACGCAGAGCGGCGAGAAUUGGCGUUUCACGUGUAUACAAAAUGCUUCUGAAGACGUAGAGGGUACGCUGUUUCCGUUGAGUGCACUUCUUGUCGCUCGCAGCCGGCGUAGUAGUCGGCGAUCGAGGCGAUCGGGAAUGUAUCGUGAACGCGCACGCGACGCGGGGCAUCCGACGAUGAAGGUAACGAGACAGAAGGAGAAGUCCCCCCCCCGGAUGGUUGACGCGCGAACGACGCGAGGUGCCGAAUCUCUCUCGAACUCGCGAGCUCGCGGCGUCGAGCGUUCGCGCCUUGCCAUGCCGAACAAGAGAACAAGUCCGACUCGUCCGAUCGCGGACGCAGCAAUCGCAAGAGAUUCACGCGAAAGAGAGAGAGAGAGAGAGAGAGAGAGAGAGAGUUGCUGACACUUGCUGAGGUUCGCAAUGUCGAGGCCCACCCGUGGACGUGGACGUUUUCGCGCGUAAUCUACCCCGUUACGUCACCCCGUCACGACCAAGUUCUGCGCUUCACUCGUCCGACUGUCUCGAUCUUUUCACAUUCACGAAACCUGUUCUCCACGUCGACCCGAUGAUCGAUUCUUUCUUUCCUUCCUUCUUUCUUUAUUCUCUUGUUCCUUUCUUUCUCGCUUGCUUGCUUUCUCUUCUUUGACAUUUUCUUUUCGCGUUGUCCAACGACUGCCGGCUACUUAAACUUCCAUAGGUGAUUCACGGAGAGGACGCUAUAAUACGUAACACGUAGAUAACACUCGCAUAGUCUAAGCUCGGUAUCGAAAUGCGCAUGGCUCGAAUGAGGCUUAAGUACCCAUGUGUGACUAACUAAUUGAAUGCCGAAGAAGCGUAUACAUCGUAAUCCAGUUACGAAUGUGUGUGUUUGAGCAAAAGUAUAUACAUACACAAACACAUCUAUAGACAUAUGACACACACAUAACACACACGCGCAUGCGCGCGCGCGCGCGCGGAAAUACAUAUACGUGCGCACGAGAGUUUCUCUACGCGUUAGCCUAUUAUAUACACUCGUGCAAUGUAUGGCAAAGCGCGUAUCUAACGUACGUCUGUAUGCUGUGAUAGAGGUAAACGUAUCAACAAUCGGAAAUAAAUCUCUCGCGUGAACUCACGUUCAAAUAUGCGCAUUUUCAGAGCCAAGGCCACGACCGAAGGCCAAGCGCGAAAAGCCUCUCAACGCUCACCCUCGACGACGUCGAUAUCUUAACGCGGUCAAACGUGUCGCUCUUAGGUCACAUUACGUGUUCAUAGAAAGGUACGCGAUACAUGGUGCAAGAUUCAAGAUAUGUCUUGAGAGAGAAUAAGGGAGAGAGAGAGAGAGAGAGAGAGAGAGAGAGAGGGGGAGAGAGGUAAAGGAAAAAAGAGAGAAAGAGAUUCGAACGAAAUUGAACGAGGCGAAUUUAUAUUGAGCCAUCGGACGAAAUAACGAUGUUAGUCUCGGCAAAAUGUGGAAGUUAAUGGACUU